CCAUAAUCCACCGCUCCGUGUGCCUGCGCACUGAACACUUCCGCGCGCCCCUGCGGAAGCACAAGCGACUUCCGGCGCGGAGGCGGGGCGUGCGGAGGCGGGCUUCGGGUCGGCAUGGCGUGCGCCUUUCGUAGGUCGAUCGCCUGUCAGCUUUCCAGAGUCUUGGCCCUUCCACCAGAAAGCUUGAUCAAGUCAAUAUCUGCAGUUCCAGUUUCAAAAAAAGAAGAAGUGGCAGACUUCCAGCUUUCUGUGGAUUCCUUGCUAGAAGACAACAAUCCGCAGUCACAACUCGAUGCUCAAGAUCAAGCCAGGAGACUGGCAGAGAAGCUUAAAUGUGAUUCGGUGGUAACUGCCAUCAGUGCUGGUCCAGGAACGCUGAAUUUCAAAAUAAACAGAGAAUUACUAACAAAGGCGGUGCUACAGCAAGUAACUGAGGACGGCUCAAAGUAUGGAUUAAAAAGUGAGCUUUUCUCGGGUCUGCCCCUGAAGAGGAUUGUGGUGGAAUUCAGUUCACCUAAUGUUGCAAAAAAAUUUCAUGUUGGCCAUUUGCGCUCCACCAUCAUAGGAAAUUUUAUAGCAAAUCUAAAAGAAGCUUUAGGGCAUCAAGUAACAAGAAUAAAUUACAUUGGAGAUUGGGGCAUGCAAUUUGGUCUGCUGGGAACAGGUUUCCAGCUGUUUGGCUAUGAAGAAAAACUCCAGUCCAAUCCUUUACAACAUCUCUUUGAAGUUUACGUACAGGUUAAUAAAGAAGCUGCAGAUGAUAAAAAUGUAGCGAAAUUGGCACACGAAUUCUUCCAUCGACUAGAACUGGGUGACGUGCAGGCACUUUCACUGUGGCAAAGAUUUCGGAACUUGAGCGUUGAAGAGUACAUUCAGAUUUACAAGCGCCUUGGAGUGUACUUUGAUGAAUAUUCAGGAGAAUCGUUUUACCGUGAAAAAUCUCGAGAUAUUUUAAAGUUGCUGGACAGCAAAGGACUUCUACAGAAAACAAUAACAGGAAAUGUUGUAGUAGAUCUCUCAGGGACAGGUGACCUCUCUUCUGUCUGCACUGUGAUGCGAAGUGAUGGAACUUCUCUCUAUGCAACCAGGGAUCUUGCAGCUGCUAUAGAUCGCAUGGACAAGUAUAAUUUUGAUACCAUGAUUUAUGUGACAGACAAAGGGCAAAAGAGGCAUUUUCAGCAAGUGUUCCAAAUACUGAAGAUGAUGGGGUAUGAAUGGGCAGAAAGGUGCCAGCAUGUACCUUUUGGGAUAAUAAAGGGAAUGAAGACUAGAAGAGGGGAUGUCACUUUUCUGGAAGAUGUCUUAAAUGAGGUUCAAUCAAGAAUGCUACAGAACAUGGCUUCCAUUAAGACAACAAAGAAAAUGGAGAACCCACAGGAGACUGCAGAGAGGGUGGGGCUCGCAGCUCUCAUCAUCCAGGACUUCAAAGGUUUACUCUUAUCUGACUAUCAGUUCAGUUGGGAUCGCGUCUUCCAGAGUCGUGGGGACACUGGAGUCUUCCUACAAUAUACCCACGCCCGCCUCCAUAGUUUGGAAGAGACCUUUGGAUGUGGUUACCUAAAUGACGUCAACGUUGCUUGUUUACAAGAGCCACAGUCUGUUUCAAUUCUCCAGCAUCUUCUCAGGUUCGAUGAAGUACUUUAUAAAUCAUCUCAGGACCUGCAACCUAAGCACAUUGUUGGCUACCUUUUAACGCUAAGUCACCUUGCAGCUAUGGCGCAUAAAACACUCCAGGUGAAAGACAGUCCUCCUGAUGUGGCUGGGGCUAGGCUUCAUCUUUUCAAAGCUGUUCGUUCUGUCCUCGCCAAUGGGAUGAAACUUCUUGGAAUUACACCUGUAUGUAGAAUGUAAUAUGUAAUUUCUAAUUAAAGUGUGGUUUUUAAUGCCAAAUAAGUUCUAGUUAUAAGAUGCCUUGCUGUUCGGAAUAGAAUUUAUUGUUCUGUGCCAAAAUUUAUAUAUAUAUA